AUGUGGAGCCCCGGCGGGAGCUUGCUUCAGACUCUGCCACGACUUCUGCAGCACAACACCCUUCCGGGCCACGCAGAACUGCCGCUCCGCUGGGCCCUGCUGCGGGCGGCGGGCGGGGACGACUCAGCGGACCGCCUUCCCCGCGGGGGCGGGGCGAGCACGGCGGAGGCGGCGGCGGCGGCAGCGGCCUCCGGCGCCUUGCUCGGAGCCUAUCUGGGGCACCACGGUCAGCCUGCGGCCUCUGAGCUGCCGGCGCCGGGCGCGGCCUUGGCAGGCAGCCCCGGGAGCGGCAGCGGCGGCGGCGUGGUGGUCGGCGUGGCCGAGGUGAGAAACUGGCGCUGCUGCUGCCUCGGCAGCACCUGUUGGUGCCGGAGCCUGGUGCUGGUCUGCGUGUUGGCCGCGGUGUGCUUCGCUUCCCUGGCCCUGGUCCGCCGCUACCUGCAGCACCUCCUGCUCUGGGUUGAGAGCCUUGACUCGCUGCUGGGGGUCCUGCUCUUCGUGGUGGGCUUCAUCGUGGUCUCGUUCCCCUGCGGCUGGGGGUACAUCGUUCUCAACGUGGCCGCCGGCUACCUGUAUGGCUUCGUGCUGGGCAUGGGACUGAUGGUGGUGGGCGUCCUCAUCGGCACCUUUAUCGCCCAUGUGGUCUGCAAGCGGCUGCUCACCUCCUGGGUGACCGCCAGGAUCCAAAGCAGCGAGAAGCUGAGCGCCGUUAUUCGCGUCGUGGAGGGAGGAAGUGGCCUGAAAGUGGUGGCACUGGCCAGACUGACCCCCAUACCUUUUGGGCUUCAGAAUGCAGUAUUCUCGAUUACUGAUCUCUCCUUACCCAACUAUCUGAUGGCAUCUUCGGUUGGACUGCUUCCUACCCAGCUCCUGAAUUCUUAUUUGGGUACCACCCUGAGGACCAUGGAAGAUGUCAUUGCAGAACAAAGUGUUAGUGGAUAUUUUGUUUUUUGUUUACAGAUUAUUAUAAGUAUAGGCCUCAUGUUUUAUGUAGUUCAUCGAGCUGAAGUGGAAUUGAAUGCAGCUAUUGUAGCAUGCGAAAUAGAACUGAAAACUUCUCUGGUUAAAGGCAAUCAACCAAAUAUCAGUGGCUCUUCAUUCUACAACAAGAGGACCCUAACAUUUUCUGGAGGUGGAAUCAAUAUUGUAUGAUUCUAAUGAAAUGUAUGAUUGUCAGAGCCUAGCGUGCAGUCCAAGGUUUAGCAGUCCCCUCGCUAGUGGGCAGAUGCAAGUUCUAAUUGUAUUACAGCACAAAAAAACAAACAGAAACUGACUAGUUUUUAAAUUGCACAUUUUUUAAAAAGCAAGAAUAAUUUUCUGGAUAGGUAAGUGUAAAUGUAGAUGCAAUUUUGGCUGCAACUCUUUAUCAUUUAUUAUACCCAUAAUGGCCUAUAGGUCUGCACUUUAGUUUUUCUUCAUUGUUUUCUUUAUGGGUACUUAUGAAUAGAGAAAUAAUCCAAAUAUUUUUUUGCUUAGUGUCUUUAUUUAUAAAGUCUAUGAAUAGUUGUAAGCAUCUUUCCUACUUACAAAGAUGAGUAAAAGUAUGCAAUUUUACAUAUAUAAUAUUAUUGGACAUUCUUUGCUUUGGUAGUCUUUCCAGAAAGGAUAAACGAUGUUUUUUUUUUUUUUUUUCCUAAUUGUUUUAGGUGGGACCACUUUGCUUUCCUUUUCCUUGCUAGUUAGAAAAUAGACAUGAACUUUUGUUUGAAUGUAUUUUUGUAAGGAUCAAUUAUACCAAUACACACAAGCUUAAAUCCUACAUUGUGGGACUGAAGUG